AUGUCGAAUACAACAAUGAUAUCAACAGCAGCUAUAACUCUCAAUUUGAUUUCACUUAUUGGAACUAUAUUUAUUGGUCUCAUAUGCAUAUUUAUGCUUAGUAUGCUCUUGCCAUCAAUUAUACGCAAACAUGAUGUUGUAUUAAUUUUAGUUGCUAAUAAUUAUUUAACAUUAUUAGCUUUUGCACUUGUAGCGAUACCAAUCAAUAUUGACAUGGUUCGAGGUGAUUAUAAUUUGUACAUUGGUAUAGAAACAUUUGGUUGUCGUGUUAAAGGAUAUAUAUUUUACUCAUCUUUAGCAGUCAUUUUUAAUACUUUUGUGUUACAGGCUGCCUUUCGUUUCUUUCGUGUCGUCUAUCCUUCUUAUGUAUGGCUACAGCAUACUCUUACUUAUACUAUAAUUAUUCCUAUUUUGUGGCUCAUUUCAUUUCUUUUUAUUCUACCGAUUCAUUUUUGGCAUGAUAUACAAUUUAUACGUAGAGAAAAUACCUGCUUUAUAGCUAUUCAUUGUGCCCGUGGAUUUAUUUGGUCUAAUAUGAUUAUUUAUGGUAUACCAAUUAUUGCCAUCAAUAUUCUUUAUAUGCAACUGAUGAGAUUUAUGCGUCGACCAACUAUGGUUGCUUCAACACGAGCUAAACGUGAUGUGAUCGUAGCACGACGUAUUGAACUUGUUGUAUCUAUACUAAUACUAAUGGGUAUUCCUUCUGUUGUGUUGAAGUUAAUGUUACCUUUUACUGACAUAGGAAAACCAUUAUUUUAUCGCAUUCAGAAUAUAACUAUAGUCAUUGCUAUGAUAGCUCUUAGUUUUAUGCUCGUCUAUGUUACUCCUCAAGUCAAAGAAGUAUUCAUUCAUAUUCGAAAUCUAACCAAAAUAACACCAAUAUAUGUACAACAACGACAAUGUAUUUUAGGUCCCUAA